UAAGAAAAAACGACACCGUUCGUACUUGCCCAAAACAUAAAACGACAUCCAUCGCAAGAAGGCAAUCAACCACCGUCGGCAACCUAACCGAAACCCUUCGUGGCCACUAAAGAUUCGAGGUGGGACCAGCGCCGUACACGUGGAUGCAAUUUAAUCGGAGGGUUAUUAAUCGUCUGUCAGCUCCAACGGUCACAGCCUGGGUCCUCCCGUUAAUCUUCGCCUCUGCUUUCUCCGUUCAGCAGAGUCGCAGGUGUGGCCUUCUGUCUUUUGGCCUUGUUUGUAAUUGUAGCGUUUGUGGUGGUACUGCUUGUCUGUAGAAUUGCGUGAGCGUGCGGAGAAUGCCGGGAAUACGAGGACCGUCCGAUUAUUCGCAGGAACCACCUCGUCAUCCAUGUCUUAAGAUCAACUCAAAGGAGCCCUUCAAUGCCGAGCCACUGCGUUCGGCUUUGGUUUCUUCUUAUAUUACACCUGUGGAUUUGUUCUACAAGAGAAAUCAUGGACCAAUACCAAUAGUGGAUGAUAUAGAAAGCUACCAUGUUUCUCUCGGGGGACUAAUUGGGAAUCCUAAGAAGCUUUUUAUGAGAGAUAUUUGGAUGCUCCCCAAGUAUGACGUCACUGCCACUUUACAGUGUGCUGGUAAUCGAAGAACAGCUAUGAGUGAUGUAAGAAAAGUUAGAGGAGUUGGCUGGGACGUUGCUGCUAUAGGAAAUGCUGUCUGGGGUGGUGCUAAAUUGGCUGACAUCCUUGAACUUGUCGGGAUACCAAAGUUGAUGAGUGCUACUCAAACAGGUGGAAAGCACGUGGAAUUUGUAAGCAUUGACAAGUGUAAGGUAGCAACAUUGGACAAUUGGCUUAUGGAAAUCACUUUUAAGUUUAUAUGUUGGCCUCUUAACAGGGAUCAUGGUUACCCAUUGCGCGUAGUUGUCCCUGGUGUUAUUGGUGCCCGUUCGGUCAAAUGGCUAGAUUCGAUCAACAUAAUUGCAGAUGCUUGCCAGGGUUUCUUUAUGCAAAAGGACUACAAAAUGUUUCCACCAUCAGUGGAUUGGGAUAAUAUCAGUUGGCCUACCAGGCGGCCACAAAUGGAUUUCCCUGUUCAGAGUGCAAUUUGUUCUUUGGAGGAUGUCCAUAUGGUCAAGCCUGGAAAGGUCACGGUUAGAGGAUAUGCCGUCUCAGGAGGUGGCCGUGGAAUUGAGAGAGUAGAUGUGUCAAUCGAUGGUGGCAAAAGCUGGGUGGAAGUAUCCAGAUUCCAGAAGACCGGUGUCCCAUAUAUUGCCGAUGAUAUGAGCAGUGACAAAUGGGCAUGGGUGCUCUUUGAAGUCGCAGUUGAUGUUACACAGAGCACAGAUAUUCUUGCCAAAGCGGUACCUUAUUUUUUGUUUCACUUUUGAUGAUUGUCAGGAAUAGCAAAUUGUAAGUGGUGCUUGUCAUUUCCUCUUAGGUCUCAGAUGCACCGACUGGUAAUUAACCUCGAUAGUUUAUUCUUCAAUAUUGAGACCAAAUGAAACAGCACCAAAAGCAGUUGAAAUUUGGGACAAGCAGUUAGGUUUACAUAACUUUUUUUACUCAGAGACUUAUCUCAGUGCAGAUCAGCACUACAGUCUAGAGAUCGGUGAAGCCAAAUAGAAUAACUUUCCCUACACAUAACUGCUAGUCGCUACAUGCUGUUUUAGUCUUCGAGUAUGUGUUCUUCUGUCCGAUUAUUCAUAAACCAACCCGUAAAUAGCUUGCAUGAAUACUAGAACAUCAAUAAGGUCUUUG